AUGAAAAGUUAUCAUCAUUCAAUUUUAAAAUACUUUUUUAUUAUUAUUAAAUUUUUAUUAAUAAUCAAUCAUAAUGUCGCAGCUAAUGAUGAUAUUUAUGAAGUACGAAUACAUGAGGAUGCUGAAAUUGGUUCAAAAGGAACAUUAAAUGAGGCAUUAGAAAAUGAAUUACAUAAAAAUAAAAAUUGUUUUGGACAAUUUGAAAUAGAUGAUGUUGAUUGGUUACAUUUUGACUCAACAAGAAUGAUGUUUAUUGUAGAUGGACAAAUACCUAUUGCAAGUUCAAUUCUUCCACAGGGUAUAUUAUUUUUAAUGUGUGCUUCAAAUCAUAUGGUUAAUUUACCAAUAUCUAUUCAUGUUACAAGAAUAAAUAGACAUCAACCAACAUUUUCACAAAAAAAUUAUGAAUUUUAUGUUCCAUUAACAAUGCCUGUUGGAAGUGUUAUUGAACAGAUUAAUGUUGUUGAUCAUGAUCCAAUUAUAUAUAAUUCACAAAUUUCUUUAUCAAUUUUACCAUCAAAAUAUAAAGAAUAUUUUGAUAUUACAAAAAAUGGUACAUUUAUUGUUAAUAAACCAUUAAAUAAUCUUCAAAUACAUAAAUUAUUUACAUUACAAAUUAUUGCUAUGGAUUAUGGAUCACCGCAACUUUUUUCAACAGCUAAAAUAACUAUUAUACCUGUAACUGUAUCACAACCAAUUAAUAUUCGUGUCAAUUAUGCUAAUUCUUUAUAUCAAAUUUUUGAAUGGGAUUUUCCUAUGUAUGGUACACCAACAGAAUUUGAAGUAGAAGUAUCAUAUAAAAAUAUUACAUUACAAAAAAAGAAUGUUUCUGGUACAAGAACAAAAACAUUAUUUAAAUUAAAUUUAGAUAGUAAUAAUGAUUAUAAUUUUCAAGUAAUUGCUAUUGAUAAUCAAGGUGAAUCACGUUCAAGAAUACAUAAAUUUAAAAUACAACCAAAUACUAUAUCUUGUCAAGGUUCAUGUGGUGAAGGUGGUAAACCUAUGUGUUAUUAUAAUGAUUAUAUGAGAUUAGAACAAUAUCAAGAUUCUGAUGGUUUACAUUGUUUAUGUUAUCAUGGUUAUACAUCAAUACAAUGUGAUGUUAAAGAAUCAUGUCCAGAGGAAAUAAUUGAUACACCAUAUGGUAGAAUAGAAUGGUUAAAAACUAUUGUAAAUGAGACAAUUGAUGUAGAAUGUCCUUAUUCAUCAGAUGGUGAUAAAAUAAAACGAAAAUGUCAAUGGGAUAGUAGUAAAAAAAUACCUAAAUGGGAACAGAUAUCAGAUAAUGAUAGUUGUAGAAAACAAUCAUCUGUUUUAAUACAUCUUGGAGUUUUAGCUAAUUAUGCUCAAAAAAAUGGUCAAACAAUAAGUGGUGUUGAGGCUAUUCAACGUUUUUUAAGAUCUAUUCUUAAAUUUCCUGCUUUUGAUUCAACAAAAACAUAUUUUGAUAAUCAAGUAGCUACUCAUGUUGCACAUGUUUUAGAUAUAUUAAUGACACGUAACAGUAGUGAUAUAAAAGGAAAUAUUACAUUAUUAUCAAAUUCUCUUCAAACAUAUAUUAAUCAAUUUACACGUAAAUUACCUAUAUCAUAUAAAGUAACAUCAAAUCAAAAUCGUAUUCAAUUUAAUACAUUUGAAUGGAUAGAUGAUAAAUUAAAUCAUGGAACAAAUGUUGGCAAAGAUUGUUAUCUUAAAAUACCGUCAUCUUAUAAAAAUGAUGUUAUAAGAAGUAUUUGUAUAAAAAAUACAUCAUAUUAUGAUAAAAAUCAUCUAUCAUUACCAAUAUUAAAUGUCUUUUCUGAUCACCACACACAAUUACCAAUAGGACAUUUAGCUGUUGUUGGUAUUAGAAAACCUAAUAAAGAUGUCAAUUAUACAUGUGGUUAUUUUAAUUUAAAGACAAAUGAAUGGUCUAAAAAUGGAUUAUAUAUUGUAAAUCAUUAUUAUCCUGAUGAUGAAUUUAUAUAUUGUGAAACAAGUCAUUUAGGAAUAUUUACACUACUUCCAGAAAAUUAUUUUGAUAACAAAUUUUUUACAAUUACUAAAUUAUUUAAUAUAUUACCAAUUAUUACAAAUGCAACAAUAAUUAUUUGUAGUUUAACACUUUUAUUUAUUGUUUAUUUUCAAAAAAUUAGUGAUCCAGCUUUUACUUUUCUUUUAAUUUUUUUAAUUCUGACUCAUUUAUUACAAAUCGCAAUUAUAUCAAUACCAGAGUAUGAAAGUUUACAAAAAUAUGACAACAUUAUAUAUAUUAUUUUUCAAAUAUGUUUAACAUCAACAGCAAUGUUAGUAGCAUUCAUUAAUAAUACAAUAUAUAUUCAAUGUUCUGACAUAAAUAAAGAUAUAAAUAACAUAAUAUAUGUACCAAUUAGAAUUAUUAUAAUUAUAGUUGCAUCAAUCAUCUUACCAGGAAUAUUAGGAUAUGUUACAUAUGAAACUAAUAUAUAUAUAUUAAAAAAUAUUGUAACAAUUAAUCCACAAUUUAGUCAAUUUCAUUGGAUUUUUGGUGUUACAUGUCUUUUUCCAAUUACAAUAUUAUUAGGAAUUAGUACAGCUUUUGGUGUUUAUUCAAUUUUUCAAAGUUUAUAUGUUAAGGAAAAAGAAGAUUGUAAGAAAGAAUGUAUUUAUUCAAAUAUCAUACUUGCAUCAUUAUGUUCAUUUUGUUAUAUUUUAUGUUUCUAUUUAGAAUUCUUUUUAUUUUUAUUAAGAGGAACCAAUAUAUAUAGUUUAAUAUAUUGUUUCUUUCAAAUUUCUCUUGUAUUAUCAAUAAUUUUUUAUGUAAAAUUUUAUUUUAAAAUCGGAUCAUCAAAGAUAAAAAGUUCAUUACAAUCUGGUACGGUAGAAAAAUCAUAUGCUAUGUCUCAUGAUAGAUUAUUAGGAACUUCCUCAUCUGAACAAUAUUCACCAGAAAUAGAUCAUUCAUCAGACAAUACCAGUCCACCUCCUAUAUCAUAUACAACAACAUAUGGUUAUACAGAUUCUGUAAAUUCUUCAACAUCUCAUAAAAAUAAUGGUACAUAUAGACCUGGUAUUGAUACAAUAGACUUAUAUCCAACCCAAAAUUUAUGGAAUAAUUGCAAAAGAAACAGUCCGUUAGUUAGUUUAGUAUAA